AUGAUUGAUGAGGUGAAGGAGUGCCCCAAUAUUGUUGAAUAUCCAAAGCUUGAGCUUUUACAAAUGGCAUCAAAAGAGGGAAAGCCCAUCCUGAUAAAUUUCUUUCAAGGCAUGACUAAGCUCAAGGUUUUAAGUUUGCAAGAGUUGAGCAUUCCAAAAGUCCCAUCUCUAUUUCAAACCUCAAACAACCUUCGAACACUGCGUAUAGAAGAUUGUCAGGUUGAAGAUGUAUCCAUAAUUGGUAAGGAACUUCUGAAACUAGAAAUUCUAAGUUUUGCAAACUCAAACAUCAAGGAAUUGCCAAUUGAAAUUGGGCAAUUAAAAGCUCUAAGAUUAUUGGAUUUGACAGGAUGUGAUGAUCUUUGUAAGUUUUCUUCUAAUGUCUUGACAAACUUAUCUCAAUUGGAAGAAUUUUAUUUUAGUGUAGAAAAUUUUCCUUGGAUGCAAAACAAUGACGUCCUCAUUGAGUUAAAAAAGAUAUCCCAUCAGUUGAAAGUUGUUGAGAUUCGAUUAAGGAAGGUUGAACUAUUCCCCAAUGAUUUGAUUUUUGAAAAUGAGCUGAGAUUUUGGGUCUACGUGGUACCUUAUGAUAAUUUUUCCCGUGGUGGAUAUUUGGAGUCAAAUGUAUUACAAUUCACAAAUGUUGAUUACAACUCCAUUAAAUCUAGUAUGACAACCAAACAUUUGGUGAAGCAAUGUGAAAUUCUGAUAGUUAAGAAUGUGAAAAACUUGAAAAAUGUUUGCGGGUUAGAAGAAAGUGCAGAACUUUCACGUUUGAAAGAUCUAAAGAUUAGCAAGUGUUCCAGUUUAGAGUAUCUCGCAGAAGAAAGGGCCAAACUUCCACUUUUGAACUAUUUAGCAGUGAGUGAUUGUUCCAAUCUCAUGUAUCUCAUUGAUGGCAGUAAAGCUCAUAAAUCGAUGAUUGAUUUCUCAAAUCUUGUGAACAUGGAGUUGGUAGAUCUCCCAAGCUUGAUCGGCUUUAGUAAAACCAUUGAUUUGAACAAGUCACAUCCAUCUAUACCACAUGGGUUUAGCUCUACCACUGAAUUAGAUGAUUCAACAAUGGUUAAGGAUGAUGAAGUAUUGAGCAGGCAUAUAUUCACUGUUGCAGUUGUCAGAGCAAUGGUGAAUCUUGAGAAAUUGGAAGUACGCUCUUGCGAGUUGAUGGAAAAUUUAGUUGGAUGGGGCAUAGAGAAGGAAGAGGACAAUGAUAAAGAUAAAACACAAGUGACAACUAUUAUGUUCAAUAAAUUAUAUUCUAUAUCACUUUCAACACUUCCAAAGUUUAUCAGCACUUCUUCGGAUUUUUUUGAGUUAGAAUUGCCAUCCUUGAGAGAAUUCGAGAUUGAUGAUUGUCCUAUGUUGGAGAUAUCUAUAUUACCAAAUCAUAUGGAUGCGAAUGGAAAAAAUCUCAAUUUCAAAUGUUAUGCAAACAUAAAAGAUGAUGGUUUUCCCAAUUUAAAAGAAAACAACUCAAGGUGUUUCAAUUUGCCCAUUGGUUUAAUUUCAUUGGUGCCCAAAAUUAUUCGCAAAGGAAGCACAAAUAAGACAAGUAGCAAGGGUGCAUAUGAGGGAGAUCACAAGAGGAUAAAACUUGACCCUUUUAUUGAUGGAUCCUUAUUCUCAAACUUAACAUCUCUGUUCAUAAAAGCUUGUGACAAAAUCUACAACUUGCUCUCCUAUUCAUUCUUGACAAGUCUUGAGAAGCUAGAAGUACGGGAUUGCAAGAACAUGGAAGAAAUAAUAUCUCAAGAAGAAAUGCGAACGAGUGAAAAUAAGAUUACUAUUUUCCCAAGAUUGCAUCAUCUAUGUCUUGGAGGCUUACCUAACCUCAAGGCCUUCUGCAAAGGUUCCUAUAAUUUUAAUUUCCCAUCAUUGCAAAAAGUGGAAAUUAAAGAUUGCCCCAAUAUGGAAGUGUUUUCACGAGGAUCUUCUGACACACCUAUGCUUGAAGAUGUCACCAUAAAGAUCGAAACACACAGUAGCAACUAUAUACAGAGGAAAGACCUGAAUGCAACUAUACAAGGAUUUAAAGCAUUUGUGGCAUUACAAAGAUCCGAGACGCUGGAGUGGAGCAAGCUCAAUGACGAUGGCUUAUUUGGAUACUUCAUCAAAAACUCAGAAAUGAAUAUGACAAGAUAUCAUAAACUUUUGGUGCUUGUUCAAUUCAAGGAGGCACAGAUGCUUCAACUUCAACAUGUGAGAGAACUCAAAAUAAAAGAAUGUGAUUCAUUAGUUGAGGUGUUUGAAUCGGGAGAAAAAUUGGGUACAAGAAAAAGGGAUGCCACUGCACAUUAUGAGUUGGAAAAGAUGAAACUAAAAAAUUUACCAAAACUGAGGCACAUAUGGAAACCCAAUAUCACGGGGCUUGUAAGCUUCUUGAAGCUAACGUCAAUUACUAUUAGAAAUUGCAACAGUUUGAAGAGCUUGCUCUCCCAUUCCAUGGCCAGAAGUCUUGUGCAGCUUCAAGAUCUAAAUGUUUAUCAUUGCAAGAUGAUGGAGGAGAUAGUUACAAAGGAAAAGGAGAAUAACGAAGGAGGCAGUAAAAUCAAGAUAUUAUUUCCUCAAUUGAAGACUUUGGAUCUUAGUCAUCUGCCAAAUCUGGAAUGUGUUUGUUCAGUAGAUUAUGACUAUGAUAUCCCAUUGUGCGAUUUUGGAGAGGACAAGGAUGUGAAUAAUAAAAUUCAUAUUUUAUUGCCACAAUUACAGGAAUUCUAUCUUCUAAGAGUGCCGAAGCUAAAGUGUUUUAGUUCAGGAGCAUACGACUAUGACAUCAUGAUGGGUUGCAAUGGAGAAAUAAUUGAAGAGAGUCCAAACAUCAUAAAUGUAACUCUAAGCACACCCAACCUUCAUAACGUGGAGUUGCAAAAAUUAGAUACAUUUAAAGGUAUUGAGCAAGAUGAAGGGCUUCUGGGCUACAUCACAAGAGAAAGCGACCUUGUUAUUGAAAGCUGUGAGAAGCUAUUGAAUUGCAUACCAUCUAACAUGAGUCAUUUAUUCUCUCAUUUGUGGUAUCUCACUGUGCGAGAAUGUGGCAGCUUAGAUGAGAUAUUCGAAUCAACAAAUGAUCAUUACGAAUACGAAAGGGAUAGUAUAAUUCAAUAUGAAUUGAGGUACAUAAAGUUGGACCGGCUGCCAAAAUUGAAGCACAUUUGGAAAAAUCAUGGUCGAGUUUUAGGCUUUCAGAAUUUAACACAUCUAAUUAUCAAACAAUGCCAUGGUAUGAAAUAUGUGUUUCCGGAUGUUUCCAUGGUCGGAAGCCUUCGUAUUCUCGAAGUGAGUGAAUGCAACAAGAUGGAGGAGAUCGUCCAAAGUAAUUCUAAUUCUAAUUCUGUAGAGUCAAAAGAGGCUAAGAUCGUAUUCCCAUCUUUGGAGUAUAUCAAACUUGAGAAGCUACCCAACCUUACUUGUUUCUCUCCAAGCUCUUGCUCUUGCUAUUUUGAGUUGCCUGAAUGUCAGCGCAUAACAGUUAAAGAAUGCCCAAAGAUGGAGACCUUCUCUUACGAUGGACCCGUAUAUACUCCAACUCUUGGAUCAUUAUUUCUGGAGCACAUGAAAUUUGGCAGAGACGAAGAGUUGAAUGAGGUGAUACGACGUCGUAAAUGA